AUGGAAUUGCAUAGAACUUGCCGGCUUCUUAGAUCUCUCAGGAUAUUCAGGUCUUAUGGGUAAGUUAAAAUCAUGUUUUCUUUUAUUUUCUAAUGUUUAGAAGUUCAGUAGUGAAUGUUGGUGCGCCAAGGCGAUCUCGACUGGCUGUUGAACAAAAGAAAAAACAGACUACAGGGCCAGAAGCGUUUUUGCAACGAUUUUUGGAGACCUACCCCGAUUUGUCCGACAUGGAUAAGAAAAUUAUGACGACAAACUUCUUUGUGAACAAAAGACAAAGUGAACGCAUGGUUAGUUGGCAUGAAGAUCCAUCUAUUUGAUAUGUGUUUUAGUUAACAAAGAGAUUAUCACCUCGUGGGGCUCAAAAAUACUUUGAAAAUGAAGCGAACAUCAGUUAUUGCGUUUAUUCCGAUCAAUUCUUGGCCUUCAUUUUGUUGCCAAUCGAGGAGGGGAAGGGUAAGUGUUGUCUUCACUUGUUUAUUUGCUUUUAGAUUACUUUAUAAAGUCGCUGAAGAAGAGUCCAGCCGAAUUUAUCCCACAUUAUUUCAAUUUCUGCGGAAAUUUGAUGAGAGGAAUUGAUAAAGCCGGUCGAAGAAUGCUGAUUCAAAGACUCUACAAAGCAGUCGAAAGCAAUGGUGAUUUUUUAAAAUUUAUUCAAUGUUUUAUAUUAUUUUAGGUAUAAAAUUUGAUAUAAAGAUGAUAAAUUCUUGGCUGAAGGCGAGGCUGGAGAACGACGAUCAUUUUGAGCCCUGGGAGAUGUUGCGGUUAGCCGAGAAUGAUAUGAAAUUGGAGGUGGAUCAAGACUUUUUCGAUUGUUUGGUCUGGCAAAUUGCGAAAUCUGGAGAAAUUCAUAUGUUUGAGUGAGUAUAACGUUAUUUUUGGCCAUUAAAUGCUUUACUUUUAGUUCAUUACAUCUUGAAAUGUCCAAAAGGGGGUUUGGCCCAUCAAUUGAGACAAAACUGGCCGAGAUUUUCGCCUCGGAAUGUUGCGGAGUGACCCUAAAGUCAGAUGGCCUUUUGAAUAAAUUCCAAAUUCAACACCCCGAAAUGAGACAUCAAGCCAUGGCAGUUGCUUGUGAGGGUGCCACAUGCCGUCGGGAUUACGAUCGUCUCAGGGUAUUGUUGCGGAAGAGUGUGGAAAUGGCCAAAGACGGAAAGGUUUACGAUCUCUCGCUACCUCAACAAAAAAUCUUCGACGUGGUCUUCAGUUUGGCCGAGAAUUCGGUGGACGGAAUGGGGAAAGAAUGUUCGACCCUUGUCCAACAGGUGGGUUAUAUUGAUUGAACCGAUUUUAUAAAUAUUUUUGUUUUAUGACCUUAUUUUAGGUCCUAUCCCAUACCCGCCGAGAACAUGGAUUUCAUCAACGAUUGGCCGCCGAAGCCGAAUCCCACCUGGACAAUGGCUUCUUUUUCACAGCGAUUGCGUUGCUAGGCCAGAGUCGGCGGUCUGUGGCCACGAAACAAUUCAAAUAUCCCAAUUUUGUCGACUUUUUCCAAAGACUUUCCGCCGAUUUCCUCCACAAACUGGCUGAUAAAAUGAUUGAAAAAAGGCUGGAAGAGGAUGUAAUAAUCGAUAUAUCCAAUCGAGUCCUCUCUCUUUUGGGCCCAGAGACUGAUUUCUACACAGUUUUGAUGACAAAAUUGAUCCAGAAGUCGGAGAUCACCUGGUUUUAUCGAUUUGAAUUGUUCAAAAGAGUGGUGGACAUUGUGGAUUCGGAGAGAGAAAGGCCUCAUUUGAUGAUGCCAUUUGUCGCUAGGUGAGGAUUAGCCCUUUCCGGACGAGUCGGCACCUCCAUGCAGAAAUGAAAGAGGGUACCCUACUGAGUAACGGCAUAAUAGUGGUUCAGCCCAUCGAAGCGUUAUUUGGGACUUAUGACAAAAAAUGUCCUAAAAAGUACCCCCAGUUGACAUAACCCUUAUAAAAUUUUGCUAACGACCUGUAAAUUAGAAACUACCUUAAGUUAAAGUCUAAGACUCCUAGUACUGUUACAUCCAAGAACUGUCCAAAUCGGACCACUACAGGAUUAGUUAUCGACUUUUGGAAAUUGAAUUUUAAAUUUCGACCAAUUUUUGGCCCAAAAUUGAGUAUAUCUUCCGCCAGAAUCAACCAUUUCGGUCCAAAUGUGGUUUUUCUGAAUCUAGAGUGACGCUAGCUUCUUCCUAGAAUGUUUACAGAAAAAACCUAUAGAGCACUUUUCUGUAAAAAGCGAAAAAGUUGAAAACGUAAAGGUUUCACCGUAUAAAAUGUCGCCGCAAGCCGCAAAGGGUCGGGCGCAGCUCGAAAUGCUAAAAUAAUAUUUUUUCUUCGAAAAAUAUUAUUUUAGUGUCGACAAGCUGAAUUCAGAUGAAAUACAGACAGACAGAGCAUGCAAACAUUAACUCAAUGUCAUUUUAAUAUUUUUAAUGCGUUUUCAGGCAAUUUCAUUGGAUUUUGCUUUAGUUUCACACUAAAAUAGUAUUUCUCAAAAAAAUAUAUAUUAUUUUCGCCUUUCGAGCUGCGCCCGGCCCUUCUCGGCUUGCGGCGACAUUUUAUACGGUGAAACCUUUACGCCUUCAACCUUUUCGCUUUUUACAGAAACGUGCCCUAUAGGUUUUUUCUGGAAACAUUCUGGGAAGAAGCUAGCGUCACUCUAGAUUCAGAAAAACCACAUUUAGACUGAAAUGGUUGAUUCCGGCGGAAGAUAUACUCAAUUUUGGGCCAAAAAUUGAUCGAAAUUUAAAAUUCAAUUUCCAAAAGUCGAUAACUAAUCCUGUAAUGGUCCGAUUUGGACAGUUCUUGGAUGUAACAGUAGUAGGAGUCUUAGACUUUAACUUAGGGGUGGUUUCUAAUUUACAGGUCGUUAGCAAAAUUUUAUAAGGGUUAUGUCAACUGGGGGUACUUUUUAGGACAUUUUUUGUCAUAAGUCCCAAAUAACGCUUCGAUGGGCUGAACCACUAUUAUGCCGUUACUCAGUAGGGUACCCUCUUUCAUUUCUGCAUGGAGGUGCCGACUCGUCCGGAAAGGGUUAGAGAACUUUAGGAGUGGAACUUGAAUUUCCAUUGCUUUUAAUUGUUGAAUUGUUGAUGACAUCGUUUUCAGCGCAACCAGCGUGUUUGAAAAGCUCUCGAUCAUCUACCGAAUGAAAUUAAUGGGCUAUAACAACUUGUUCGAGGUGGAUAACGACUUUUUGGUCAGACAUAUUGUCAUCCCAGACCUCAGUAAGAAAUUAAUUGCCAUUUUAGGAAGUCAAAAUGAGUUUGAAGAUGACAUAUGACCUUAUUUUAGAGUACAAAGUCUACUCGGAUCUGUCCGCCACAGAUAAAACGCGGCUGAAUUAUAUGUACACGUCGCUAAAAUCCUUUGGAAUAACUGAUCGAGAGAUCCUAAAAUUGGCAAAAGUGGCCAAGCGAGUGUCCAGAAGCGAACCAAUUUUUGUCUCGCCGAUGAAUUUGACAAGGUAGGCGGUCAGUGUCAUGGAUAAUAUUUUGUUUGUUUUAAUCUCAUGGUUAAUAUAUUUCUAGCUGGAUAGAAGAGAAAGAACAGAAUUUACCGGUCGAUGAUGCUGCAGAUUUCAUCCCAUCACCUGAAAUGACAACCGAUCAACUGAAACAUUUGAUAGAUGAGGAGAAUGUGGAGAAAUUACACCUGGCCCUGGUCAGAAAUGGAGGGUUCCCGGAGAAUACGGACUUCUCCCAGGUCACGGAACCCUUGCUAGUACUGUAUUUGGAACAGGCCAACUUUGGAUACGUCCAGAAAUUACUUCAAAUGCUGUUAGUUCUAGAAUAGUAUUGAAUUUUGAGUUGAAUUCGAUUUUUUUAUAUUUUUAUUUAGAAGCCAGGCAGCAGAGCCAGAUUCCCACUCAGAAGUCGAGAAUUCGCCCAAAAACCCCCAUAAUUUUGUUGAAAAUUAUCAUCUUUUACACAUUCUACACCGAAAAUUGACCGAGUUGGGGGUGAAUAACGAUCUGGAGGUGCUGAUUGAGUACGUUUAUGAACUCAGAAGGAUGUUCCCAUAUGGUGAGUGGUUUGACGAUUGAAUUUUUGGUUGUUUGGAGAUCCAUUGAUCUUAUUUUAGCCACCGCCGACUCCUCCACCGCCUUUCAAACAGUUGGCGCAUACAGGAAUUUAUUCAAGGCCUUGAUGCAGGAAAAGACCCUGACAAAAGAUGUUUUGGAUAAGAUUACUGACUUCCUGGAUGUGCUGGUCAGGCUGAAUUAUAUUAAUUUACACACAAACGAAACAAUCAGCCCCUAUAUUAUGAGAAGAGUCAUCAGGAUGUAAGGAUUACGCAUUUUUUUUGGAAAGCCUAGCAUUUGAGGUCAUAUUGUAGUUGACUUGAUGUAACUUCAAUAUAAUUUGUCUUAGGGUAUGGCUGAUAUUGUUCUAAAUGCUUUUGUUUUUCAGUUUGGGCUGGAACACCGCCGUGGAUACGUGGCUGAAGCUCCAGCAGACCUUCCAUUUAUCCAACGGGAUGCUGGAACUCCUCAAAGAAGUCCUCUCCAAGAACCCCGUUGACUCGCAUCGCAAGAAUUUCGUCUUACAAAGAGCCAAAACAUAUCUUUCGGAGUCCAGAAUCAACGCGUUCUUGGCCAUUGCGUAUGUCCAGAUCCAGAAAUAUGAAGAGGCCGAAAAUGUCCUCAGGCAAAACAAAGUCAGGCCAAUGGAUCUGGCCCAGCUUUUUAGACUGAAUAAUUCGCUUCAAACUGCGACUCUAGGGCAGGAUGCAGACACUACAUACGAAUUCCUGAAGAUUUGUUUGAAUUCUACGGAACUGGGGAAGGACAAAGAUGCCCUGAGGGUAUGCCAUGCGGAUUGGAUCAAAGUGUGCGGUAAGAAGGGGUUUAGGACGAAAUUUGAAGUGGAUUAGAGCAGUGAAAGAGACCUUAAAUAGAAGAGAGCUCAGUUUGGAAUAGAUUUGAAUUAUUAUUGGGGCAGUUUUAGCGAUCAAACAUCAACAAUUAUUUUGAUUUACCGAUUUUUUAUUAUUUGCUUUUUUUUCGGAAGCGACCAAACACAAAAAGAAGAAGGGAGUAGACAAAUAUUCCACUGAGUGGACCUACAUUUUAUUAUUUAUAGUAACAAUCGGAGAAAGUUUUAAAAUAAUUGAAAAAAAUAAAGUGUUUAGAAGAGAUAUGUCAUGGAUAAUGUAAUUUUGGAUCUGUUUCAGAACGAAAUAACCUCGGAGUCCACGCCAUUCGAAUCAAAGAAUUGUUGGACCAUUAUAAUGUGGAACUGGACAGAGAAUAUCUGAAUAGAGUCCAGGCAUUGGCGGAGGAACAUAAUCGACUGGUCGAGUAAGUCGAAAAAAUUAAUAAAUUAUUGUUUUGGUCUAUUUAACCUUUUUCAAUUGCAGUAAAUGGAUUCUGAAUCCCCAAACGAACGUGCUGAACAGCUCUCUUUUGACCGGAUCCGAGGUUUUGAAACAAAUUAAUGAGUUCAAACAGAAGAGUAAUAUAAAUGAUGGCAUGGAGCAGCUCAAAAUGACGUCAGUUGUGACAUGA